AUGGUUGAAAAAGGUGAGAAAGAUUCGAAAGAUAAACGUAAACGUCAAGAAUCGACCUCGAGUUCAUCAUCGGCCUCAUCCACCGGUUCUUCGGGAAAGCGAAAUAAGAGCCCGGUUCGACGUUCGCGUUCACCGCGUGCACAAGCGCGUGCUGAUCGUGGUGAAAAAGCUACAGUUGCUUCAUCACGUCGUUCUCCGAGCCCUGAACGUCGUCGUCGUCGUACUCCACUUUCUCCUAAAAGACGUGGAUCUCCCUCACCUAAAAGACGUGCUUCACCUUCACCGAAACGACGCAGUUCAUCAUCACCAAAACGGCGUGAUCGUAGCAUAAGUAAGGAUCGAGAUCGUCCUCGUGAUCGUGAUGUACGUCGUGAACGUUCACGUUCAAAGGAUCGUAAAGCUGCUUCUCCAGGUCGCAGAGGAACUCCUCCGCCAAGACGACUUUGUGUACGCAAUUUAAGCAGAAACGUUACGAAAGAACACCUUAAUGAAAUUUUUAGCAUUUAUGGAGCAAUUAAAAAUUGCGAAAUGCCAAUGGAUCGUCAGCAUACACAUCUUGGAAGAGGUUAUGGUUAUGUGGAGUUUGAACAGCCGGAAGAUGCCGACAAGGCUAUGAAACAUAUGGAUGGUGGUCAAAUCGAUGGUCAGGAAGUAACGUGUGAACUUACCCAUCCACCUCGUACAACUGUUAACAGUGGAGGGCGACGGCCUAUUUCACCACUGAGAUAUCGUGGUGGUUCUCCUCGUCGAUACCGCAGCCCUCCUUUUCGUGGACGUGGUACUGGCGCAAAUAUUGCUCCUCUUGGUCCCAGUCGUUUUAACCGAUCUCGCAGUCGCAGUCCACGUCGAAGGAGAAGUCGUUCGUAA